AUGCCCUCGAGUAAUUUGCCCCCAUUCAUAGUUAGCGCACCUGGGAAAGUCAUUAUAUUUGGGGAACAUUCUGCAGUUUAUGGUAAACCAGCAAUUGCAGCUGCAUUAAGUUUAAGAUGUUAUUUAUUAGUCGUUCCCUCAAAUGAUACAAAUACUUUAAGAUUAGAAUUUCCCGAUAUAGAAUUAGACCAUUCUUGGGAUAAAAAUAACUUACCGUGGAAUGAAAUAAAAGAAUAUUUAAAGAUUGGCACAGACGAUAAACCAGAAAUACCGAGUGAAUUAAUACCUGAAAUAGUGGACAAACUAUCUCAUUUACUAGAUGGAUUCGACAACAAAAUGCAUUACAUAGCAUGCUUCUGUUUUUUGUAUUUAUAUAUCAGCUUAUGUAACAAAGAUAUACCUGGGAUGACAUUCAUAGUGAGAUCAACUUUACCAAUUGGAGCAGGUUUAGGUUCAUCAGCAUCAACAUCUGUUUGUUUAUCAGCAGCAUUAUCAAAAUUAGGAGGUUGGAUAAAAGAUCCAAAUGUACAUUCUACAGAAAAAUCACCAAUUGAAGAUAUAGCAGAAUUAAAUUUUAUAGAUAAAUGGUCAUUAAUUGGUGAAAAAUGUUUUCAUGGUAAUCCUUCAGGGAUAGAUAAUGCAGUUGCUACCCAUGGUGGUGCAGUUAUGUUUCAAAGAACAUCAAUGCCUGAAAAACCAUCAAUAAGGACCAAUAUGAGAAGUUUUCCCGCUAUUAAAUUAUUAUUGACAAAUACAAAAGUUCCCAAAAGUACUGCUGACUUAGUUGGAGGAGUUGGUAAGUUACAUAAAGAAUAUGAUAGAAUGAUUUCUUCAAUACUAGAUGCUAUGGAACAUUUAGCUAGAGAAGCCUAUCAAGUAAUGAUACGACCUGGUUUUGGAUCAGAAGAAACUGCUAUUUUAAGAAAAUUAGUAACAAUAAAUCACGGGCUUUUGGUAGCGUUGGGUGUUUCACAUCCAUCAUUGGAGAAAGUUAAAAUAAUUGGUGAUAAUUUGAAAAUUGGUGCAACAAAAUUGACGGGAGCUGGUGGUGGAGGUUGUGCUAUAACUUUAUUAAAUGAUGAUGUUGAAGAAUCUGUAAUACAUGGUGCAAUGUUGGAGUUUGAAAAAGAAGGUUUUGAUAGUUUUGAAACUUCACUAGGUGGUAAAGGGGUUGGAAUGUUAUUUCAUGAUGAUGUUAAAAAUAAGAAAAUUUUCACUACAGAAUCUUUUUGUGGCCAUACUAAUCGUGAUGAAAUCGAAAAAAAUUUGGCUGUUGAAAAUGUGCCUGAAUGGAAGUAUUGGUGA